ACGUGUAAUUUAAGCGUGAACUAAAGUGUAAAAGAUUGUUGUUCGUAGGAGGUUUUAGUCACUAGGGGAAGAAGUGUAUUAACUAGAAGUUUUAGGAAUACGCUGUGAAAAUGAAACACUAGCCUGCAUUUGUCGUUCGUGCUGGAGCGUUUCUAGCAAGAGCAACGGUUUUGAAGUUUGUUGGGAAACUCGACACCGGAUUACUAGGAGCGCAUUUUUCUCAAAAGAUUUUCGGGUGGACGAAUACAAAACACAGCGGACAGAUAUCUCUCGCUAUUUCAUAGUGCACAAUAACUUUGAGGGUGAAUCCACAGCCUUUCGUUUUCUUCCAUACUACAUACAAAUAACGGCAGGAGAUGGUGAACAGCCGUGUGGAAACUUCCGCCGUGGCGGUAACGGGAGGUAGUGGCGGUGCGGUGCGCUCCUGUGCGGGUUGCGGAGGGCGGAUCUCAGAUCGCUUCCUGCUCUUCUCCAUGGAUCGGUACUGGCACACGCGCUGUCUGAAGUGUUCAUGCUGUCAGGCUCAGCUGGGAGAAAUUGGCAGCACCUGCUUCAGCAAAGGAGGCAUGAUCCUCUGCAGGAACGACUAUAUCAGAUUGUUUGGUCACAGUGGUGCUUGCAGUGCAUGUGGACAGUCAAUCCCUGCCAGUGAGAUGGUGAUGCGGGCUCAGGGUAAUGUCUACCAUCUAAAGUGUUUCACUUGUGCCACAUGUCGAAAUCGCUUGGUGCCUGGUGACCGCUUUCACUACGUUAAUGGCACCAUCUUUUGUGAGCAUGACCGACCGGGCGGAGCUUUGCUCAGUAGUCACCUGACGCCCCUGCAGAGCAACACCCUCCUGCCUGACCAAAAGGUGUGCUGAGGAAACGUGGAUUUAUAAUUUGCAGUGUGCCUUCUCUUCAUGUUGUUGUCUCAUUGACCCCUGCGUCUCAACUGCCCUUCCUUCUGUCAUUGUGAAUGUCCCCAACACCAGAGAUCUUCCACCCCACUUUAUGCAUCCAGCCACCUUAAAAGAAUACAAAACUACGCAAGGACUACAAGUCACUUGCGAGACAAUCACCUUAAACUAAGGAAAACAAAAUCAACGAAAACGAUCAUACACACACCCAUAUGGCCUGCUUGGUUAUGGCUGGUACUGCAUAACCCAAAAGCCUAAGACUCUAUCGACGAUGAGCAGUUCUUAAAGAUGGGGUGUGGUUUAAUUUUCUUCAAGUUUGUUUUCCUUCAAGAAUACGAUGGACGAUACCCAAUACAACGGACUGGUGGAUGAUGGUAUGGAUGAUGACGCAUAUCAAACCAUAGCUGAUGACUGUUUCGGGUUUCGUUCGAGUGGUGGUUUGGUUUUGUUUACAGGCUCUUUUCACUUUAAGUGCAAGUUUAUUAUCUUUUAUAAAUUCCUGGUGCCGCAAACCAUUUAAUGUCCAGUUUCCCUCUUUUGCCAGUCACUUCCUGUUAACAAAUAAUUAUACACAUGCACAAUACAGAUAUGUGAACAUGUAUUGUUUGUCUACUCCAGUUAUUGACGUAUGAAGCGUUAUUAAUGAAAGCAACAUAGUCUGUAGAGGAAACGGCAUGUUUUUUUUGUGCAACGAUUCGGUAGAUUAAAUUAUAUGUCUGUCUACAUAUUCUCUAAUAGAGACUGGUAUUCAGUGUCUGCCAAGAAAAGAGUGGGGUUGGUUGAAAUUGUAUAUAUUUCUUUCAUUUACCGUUGUACCGUGUUAAAUGGUUGGUCUGUUUCCUGGUGUCCUCCGUUUAAACGAAGGAUAUUCAAAAUGUUAUAAGAUAUCUGUAAAUGAAAAAAGUACUUAAUUAAAUAACUAUAACCA